ACCUUUAUAUAACACCUCGCAUUUAGCAAAGUUCUCAUACACCUAGUAAUCAAGUCAAGUGUUUAGAGCUUUCUUGUUAUGUUAAUUAGUUUGAUUUUUUUUUUUUAAAGACCUUAUGUUCAUGCCUACAAAAAAAUGAUUGAAUUCAAGAGGCAUCAAAGAAUUGUUCAACAAACUUUGCUGGUGCUAUAUUUCCUUUUGUGUUGUAAUGAGGUACAAGGAGAAAAAAAGAUAUCCAAAUUAGACGAUAUGGAGUUAGAGAAACAACUAUUACUUCUGAACAAGCCAGCAAUCAAAACAAUUAAGACUACAUAUGGAGAUAUAUAUGACUGUAUAGAUUUCUACAAACAACAUGCGUUUGAUCACCCCUUGUCGAAGGACCAUAAUUUUCAUCCUAAGAUGAAACCUACUUUAUCUAGGAUAAAGCAAAACUCAGAUGCCUCGACAACAAGUAGGUCAUCGACAAUAUGGUCAAAAGAUGGAGGUUGUCCUUCCGGAACUGUUCCCAUUAAGAGAAUUACGAAGGAUGAUCUUAUUAGACAAAGAAGUAUGCCACCGCCAGAAAAUGUCAAAUUCAACGCUCAAUUUGUUGGCAGCAAUAACAUGAGUAAUGAGCAAAAACGAAGCUACAUAUCUUCACAAGGAUAUAAGCGUGCAAUAGUUCAAACUCGAAAAGAUCCAUAUAACAGAUUUGCGGGUGCUGGAAUGGCAACUAGUUUGUACAAUCCUCACGUUGAAGGCAAACAACACAGUGCUUGUCGACUAAAAAUUUAUAAAGGAUCGGAUGUCUUACAAGUUGGUUGGAGAGUGGAUCCAACAUUAUAUGGGGACAAUAAAACUAGACUUUUCAUACAUUUUCAGGCAGGUAAAAUUCAUUGUUUCAACACAUUAUGUCCUGGCUUCAUAAUAGUAAACACUGAGAUACCUCUUGAUAUGUCAUACGAAGACCAUCUUUCACAACGUGGGGUGAAGAUAGGGGAGGACACAAUGUACAUUGAGAGGGAUCUAGCCAAUGGAAAUUGGUGGCUUUUAAUGGAAGAAAACUAUGAACAAAUUGGUUUUUGGCCACAAUGGAUGUUCACUGACUUGGAAGGUUUUGCUACGAAUGUUGAGUGGGGAGGAGUUGUAUAUAGUCCACCAGGUGUACCUAAGCCACCAAUGGGCUCAAGCUUUUUCCCCCGUGAAAACUUUGCUUAUGAUGCUUAUUGUAGGAGCAUUGCAAUUAUAGACGAGAUAGGAGGAACAGUUUACCUACAUAGAGUAAUCACACUUGUGGAUAAUCAUUUUAUGUACAAGGUUUUAUUUAAACGACUUUCGGAAGGUUCAAAGUCUUUUAGUUAUGUUGUUUAUGGUGGACCUGGUGAGACUGUACCCGUCUAAGUCUUGUUAGUUAUUACUAUAAUAAUAAUAUUUAUGUUCAAUGUCUACUGAAAUAUCGAGCUUUCUUGAUGAAUUUAUAAUUGGAUAGCUCUUCUAGAGGU